GCCGCUCGGUCGGCCGCAGUCGCGCAGGCAGGUUAGGUCAGUCGGCGAAGGUUAGGUGCGCGAUUCGUCGUAUCAGUCUUCAUCGACGUGUCAAACGCGAGCGAAGGCAAAUGGCGGCCGCUAGAGAGAACGACAUUCCCGCGCUCGAAGAUCAGGUCGAGAAGUUGAAUCUCUCUUCUACGACGGAUGACGCGGCAGCGGACAAGGGCGACGAUGACGUCGUCGACUAUGGGAAAGCUGGUGAGCCGCAGCUUUGGGGCUUUGAGACGCGAGAGCUUUACAAGAUCGCGCUCAACUUCUACAAAGAGAAGAAGGGUAAGGCCGUGCACAUCUCUUAUGAAGAUAAGCUGAAAUUGGUGGCGUUCAUCCAGCAAGUGACGCAUGGGAAGUGCACCACCGAGAACGCACCGCCACUGGGCGUGUUAGACGUCAUUGGGAAAGACAGGCGCAUGGCGUGGCAGAAUCUGGGUGAUAUAACUAAGGAGCAAGCGAUGGAGGGUUUUAUAGUACUGUUGGAUAAGCUAUGUCCCUUGUUUAGAACUGUGGCUGAGGCACAGAAAAGGGACUUUGAGGAGAAAGAGCGGCUGAAGAAAGAGGAGGAGGCCAGAAUGCUGGAGGAGGAGAGGAAACUUAAGGAGUUGGAGGAGGAACGUAAGAAGCAGGAGGAGGAAAGACUGAAGGAGGAGACUCAGAGGAGACAAAUUCAGGAUGCUUUGAAUCAGCAAACGUAUCAUCAAUUCAAGAUGUACGCUGAGCAGCAGUAUCCUGGCAAUCCAGAGCAACAGGGUGUUCUGAUUAGGCAGCUGCAAGAGCAACAUUACCAUCAGUACAUGCAACAGUUGCACCAGAACCAGUUGGGCCAGAGCGAAGAGGAUAAGAAGAAGAACAUCGAGCAGGAGACUUUGUCAAAGGAAGACGACAACAAGGAUGCGUCGAAUACAAACGACGAGGAUUCCGAUGAUUUGGAGGACUGGCCACCCAUCACUCCUGCCGAGAUGUGGACGAGGAAAGGUGUGGAGGAGUUCAAGCGAACCAUCUGGAGAGAAGCGCCCGAUGCGGUCAUCAGGGUAGGCCACGGGGAAACCGUCACCGUCCGUGUGCCGACACACGAGGACGGUACGUGCUUGUUCUGGGAGUUCGUGACGGACUCCUACGAUAUCGGCUUCGGCGUGUACUUCGAGUGGUCCAAGCCGGACACGAAUCAAGUGUCCGUGCACAUAAGCGAGUCCGAGGAUGACGACGAGGACGAAGAGUACGAAUCGAGGGCCGACUUGGAGAGCGGACCGGUGAACAACAACUCCCGGCCGGAGCGUAGAAUGACCACACCACCCAUCAGCGUCAUAGUACCCGUCUACAGAAGAGACUCUCAGGACGAAAUUUACGGUGGGAGUCAUCAGUACCCGGGUGAAGGAGUGUACCUUCUGAAAUUCGAUAACUCGUACUCACUCUGGCGAAGCAAAAGACUGUAUUACCGAGUGUACUAUACACGCCAGGGGCAGGGCUUCACGAACAAUAACAACAACUAAUCCCGACGAGAGAUGCGUAUCGAGUAUGUCUGUUGAGCACUAGCCUUCACAUAAAUGUACUAAUAACUGUGCUAAUGCUAGUCCAACUGAAUAUGAGUCUGAUGUGUCGAUUCGGUCGUGUAGAGUAACACACUGUUCGCACAUAUACACACACACACACAUACA